GCCGCGCUCACCGUCCCUGUGCCCCGCAGGCUGCAGGAGGAUCCCCCGGCCGGGGUGAGCGGGGCCCCCUCCGAGAACAACAUCAUGGUGUGGAACGCCGUCAUCUUCGGGCCCGAGGGGACCCCUUUCGAGGACGGAACUUUCAAACUUACAAUAGAAUUCACAGAAGAAUACCCGAAUAAGCCACCUACUGUCAGAUUUGUCUCUAAAAUGUUUCAUCCAAAUGUCUAUGCAGAUGGUAGUAUAUGUCUGGAUAUCCUUCAGAAUCGCUGGAGCCCCACUUAUGAUGUCUCCUCCAUCUUAACAUCCAUACAGUCCCUAUUGGAUGAGCCAAAUCCGAACAGUCCAGCAAACAGCCAGGCAGCUCAGCUAUACCAAGAGAAUAAGCGGGAAUAUGAAAAACGGGUUUCUGCAAUAGUAGAACAGAGCUGGCGUGACUGUUGACCCAGGAUGAUGCAAAUGAACACUCUGUUGAUGAGGAAAAUAAACAAAGUGUCCGAGUCA